CCCCGGGACAGAAAAAAACACACCUAGAAACAUGAAAGGUGGCCCCGGCCGGCCGGCUGGGUGGAGUCAGCAGCAGCAGCAGCAUUCAGUGCGUGAGCUCAGCAAUUUGAUUUUUGUGACUCCCUAUUCCGCUGUCGGAGAGGCCUUUAUCUGAGGAAAGUGGAAUGAAAACAGACGGCAUAUAGCAAUAUUUCUUACACAUUUCAUCGCUUUAUAUCGAUAAGAAGAGCAAAUAUACGGAAGCAUGGGGGUCUAUGAGGAGAAAAAGGAAACGUGUGGAACCAUCUGCCUGAAAUACCUCCUGUUUAGUUUCAACUUUCUCUUCUGGUUGGCAGGGGGCGCCGUGAUGGCGGUGGGCGUUUGGACCUUGGUUGAGAAGAGCGACUACAUCAGCCUUCUCUCCUCCAAGACCUACGCUGCCUCCGCCUACAUACUGGUCCUGGCUGGAGCCAUCGUCAUGGUAACAGGCGUGCUGGGCUGCUGUGCCACCUUCAAGGAGCAGAGGAGGCUACUGCGAGUGUACUUUGUCCUGCUGCUGUGUAUCUUCCUGUUGGAGAUCCUGGCUGGCGUCCUGGCUUAUAUCUACUACCAGCAGUUGAACGAGGAGCUGAAGCAGAACCUGAGAGAGACCAUGACCCAGAAGUAUCAACAGAGCGGCCAUGAGCACAUCACCAGGGCUGUGGACAAGCUGCAGCAGGAGUUCAAGUGCUGUGGCAGCAACAGUUCAUCCGACUGGGAAGACAGCGUCUGGAUUCGCUCCCUCUACGCAAAAGGCAGGAAGGUGCCUGACAGCUGCUGUAAGACGCCCACUGAGCUCUGCGGCCUCAGGGACCACCCAUCCAACAUCUACAAGGUGGAGGGUGGCUGCAUCUCCAAACUGGAGAAAUUCAUCCUGGACCAUCUGAAGAUCAUCGGGGCGGUGGGUGUUGGGAUCGCCUGUGUACAGGUCAUAGGGAUGGUGUUUACAUGCUGCCUAUAUCGAAGUCUAAAGGCAGAGCCGUACUAGGGGAAGCAGAAGAAGAAGAAGAAAAGUGGGUGGGUGAAGGAGGUGACUUCCUCACCACGUGCCAUACUCAAAUAGCCCAUAGGUUCUGUUCUUUGCUUUGCAAAUUUGGCACGCGAUCAAAUUUCACAUCUGAGGAUCUCAUUUUGGUAAACAAAGGGUGGAAAAACACUCCCAAGGUUUCUUGAAGUAAUUAGGCACUCAAAUUGCAGUCUCAGCUACAUCUUCAAGAUCACAGCGCUGUGAGAAAAAGCCUCCGAGAGACACUAAUGGGAAUUUUAACGCAGAUUGCGGAAAUUAGUGUGGGACAGACUCCUUGGGACUAAAACAUUGUAGUUUUUUUCCACGCCGAUUCCCUCAAUGUGCAUUUGUUUGUGGACCAGGUGCUACACCCCACAGAGUGCUGUAAAGAUCUGUGGACUAAAACGAGCACUUUGCAGAAAAUGUCCCUCCUGGUCGCAGCAGCGUUCCUUUCCGAGCAGCGUGGUUUAACAGAGCCUAACUCUGGGGCCCUCCUCAACUGCAAAAGCGUUUGUUUCCACGUUAACUAGCCAGUCAUGCAUUUCAAAUAUUCAUUCGAUCGUGGCCUUUUAAAACUAUUGAACUGUUAGUUUUUAUAUUUUGUAAAGGAUUAUUUUCUGUAACACUUGAGGCGCUUUCUUACGAGCUAUUAUUUUUGCCUAAUCUGUCUUCAUAUAGUCGGUGUUUGAUAAUUUUUUUAAUCAAAUCAUCAAUUUAUUUCUGUAUGACCCUCUCUGUUAUCUUGUUUGAAAAUAAAUACAUAUUACUACUGAUACGUAAGCAGUGCCACCGAUAUUGCUCAUAAGAAAGUGUUUGCUUCUUUUUUAAAUAAGGGAUUUAUCCACUGAUGCCAAAAUUGUCAACCGUAACUUUGUGUAAGGACCUACUGUAUCUUUUCCAGCCUUAUUCACGUAUCUACUGAUGUCUCUCUUUUUUAGAUUGUUUUCAUGAAUGAAGAUUUUGUUGACUUUUCUAUAAUAUGAAUAUAUUAUUGUAUUUAACAGACGCAUUGGUAGGAAAUGAUAGUCACUCACUAUUGGCAAUGAUCUUUUCCUGUGUGCCUCAAAGACGACACUAAAUGGAUCUGCUGUAUUUCUGUCUUGAUAAUCCAGGAAUUAUUCUAGUUUAAAUAAACACUGAUCACUAAUAACA